UCCCUGCGCUCGGCGGCCGCCCUUUGCGAGCGGGAGGCGGGCACUACACCUCCCAGCAUCCCUCGCGGCCGGCCUUUCCCCCGCCUCCCCCAGCUGGCUCGAAGGCUCUGCUUGUUGUUGUUGUUGCUGCAAGCCACCCAGCUAAAGAAAUGGAAGAAGUACAGGCCAAUCCUGGAGUGACUUUCCUGAACGUGGCCCCCAGCUAUGUGCCCCACACCAAAGUGGAGUGUCAUUACAAUCUCCCACCGGGCAUGAAGCCAUCAGCCAGAGAUUGGAUUGGGAUCUUCAAGGCAGAGGCCUCUUCUGUGCGUGAUUAUUAUACCUUUGUGUGGUGUACAGUCCCAGAUGGUGGAACGCCAGCAGGGGCUCUUCUUCACUGUAGCGUCCAGUUCCAGGCAAGCUAUCUGCCUAAGCCAGGUCCCCAGCAGUACCAGUUCCGCUAUGUGGAUCGCCGUGGGGAAGUGCGUGGCCAAAGCUCUUCUUUCCAGUUCAACGAGCCACGGCCCAUGGAUGAGCUGGUCACCCUGGAGGAGGCAAGCGAUGAUGGUGCAGGCACAGAUAUGCUCUUAGUGGUUCCCAAGGCCACUCUGCUAGAGACUCAGCUGGAAGAGAGUCGUCAGCAGCAAGGAGUCCUCUUGCAGGAAUCAUGCCGUCUGAAAGAUGAGGUUAAAGAACUGCGAAGCCACAUGGCUGAGCUGGAGGCAGCUCUUGGCUCCCUACGCGAUGACCACACCAAGCUGGCUGCACAGUACAAGGAACUGUCAGAUUCGUCCGCAGAAGUGUCCAAACAGAAAGACACACUGAGCCUUCAGGAAGCUGAGCACUUGGCCCGAAUCCGGGAACUGGAGGGAGAUAUUCAGGCCAUGGGUGAAAAGAUGCUACUGCGAGAGACAGAGCUGGACAGAGUGAAGGAUACAGUCAAGUCUUUGCUACGGGAGCAGGAACAGAUUCAUAAUCAGCUCAAGGAGGAAUAUGCUGAGAAAGAGCAAUACCAGGUGAAGCUGCAAGCCUCAGUGGAGGAGAGCCGCAGCCUGGCCUCUGAUCUGCAGGAAGCCAAAAACCUUCAUGGUGAGAAGAUCUCGCAGACUCUGGUGCUCCAGGAGGACGUCAACAAGUUGCAGCAGAAAUUGGCCACCGCAAAUCGACGCACUGCUCAGAUGGAGGCCUUGUGUGAACAGCUGCGCUCCACACAGGAUGUCCUGGCUGCCAGCCAGCAAAAGGUGGCCCUCUUGGGGGAAGAGCUGGCCAGCGUGGCCUCCAUCCGGGAUCGCACCAUCUCUGAUCUGCACAAGAGCCGCCUGGAGGCAGCUGAGACCAACAUCAAACUGGCUGACAUGACUCUCAAAUGGAAGGAGGGCAAAGGCCAGUGGUGGAAGGAGAAGACCACCCUGCUCCAGAACAUGGAGGCAGAGAAGGACAAGAUCCUGAAGCUGAGUGCUGAAGUGUUGCGCCUAGAAAAGAGCCUUCAAGAAGAGAGGUCCCAGCGCCAAGUGUUACGUGUUGAGCUGGCACAAGAGCGUGAUUCCAGUCUGGUGCAGGUCUCUGAGAGCCGCCGGGAGUUGCGUGAGCUAAGGGCUGCACUGCAGGUUGCCCAAAAGGAAAAGGAGCAGCUGCAGGCUGAAAAACAGGAGCUGCUGAUAUACAUACGACGCCUUGAAGAGCGACUGGAGAAGGUCGCUGAUGAUAAAUGGAGUGAAUCAGUUCUGGUGGAUAAAGAAGAGACAGCAUUGGAGGCUCCUGCCUCAGAAAUGUUUAUUCGAGAUGCUCUGGAUUCCCCACUGUCAGACUCCGAGGAUGAAUGCCCCGAGGACAUGCGCCUCCCUGCUCAGAUCGGUUCCUACAGUCUGUGUGACAACCGGGCUGCUACCACCACACCACCUUGUGCCCGUGGACCUGCUCGCACUGUGGUGAUCAGUCAGCCCGCACCCAUUGCCAGCCAGAUCAAACAGCCUCCUGAGGACUCCAGCUCUGACUCGGAGGCAGAGGAUGAGAAGGCCGUGCUGAUGGCUGCUGCACAGAGUGGUGGUGAAGAAACCAAUCUGCUCCUUCCAGAACUGGGCAGUGGCUUCUAUGAGGUGGCCAGCAGUGGGCUGACCGGACGACAGUUGUCAGAACCAGGGACCUGUGGGAUGGGCGCAUCUCCCUUGGACCUGCCUUCACCAGCUUUUUGGAAGGAAUGCCCCAUCUGCCAUGAGCGCUUCCCUCCGGAGAGCGAUAAAGAAACGAUGGAUACACAUGUGGAUGCACACUUCUUUUUCAGCACCCAUGAUCCUUUCACUUUUGAGUGACCCUCUUCCUUUGAUCCCAAUCCCUCUCCCCACUUCCUUCAACCAUACCCUCUCAGUGCCCCCUCUCCUCCUUCAGUAGGAUCCAGGCUGGUUACCUUCUUUCCCUUUUCCCAUAGAGAGUUUGCUAAGAUGAAUUCACUGCCCUUCCAGAGUGGCUUAACCAGUAGGUGGCAACAAGGGGGUCACUGUCUUCCCAAAAUCACUUUCCAAAGUAGGGCAGAACAGUCAGAACUAACUUGAACUGGGAGGAAAAAUGGACAUUUUGCAUACAUGUCAGCCCUCCACAUUUGCAUGUUUAACUUUUGCAGAUGUGAUUGAUCACGAAUUUGAUUAAUAUGUCCUCCAGGUCAAUUCUAAGCUCAGCUGUUGAAAGUUGGCUAGAGUCAAGCUAGAGGACCUAGAGAUUCCUCAAAUGGAACAUCUCUCUAGGAAUCUCUAUUCCUUCCUGGGUGAUUUUGUGGUCAUCCAGGGGAAGCUGACCAUGGAUUUACCCUAAAAGCCCCAGAGGUUCUUAGAGAGGUGUUCUCUCAGGUAAAAUCAGUUUUUCCAUUUUUGUGGAAGGUUCUGUGCCCUCACCCCUAUGAAAGCGGAGAGCUACUGUAUACACACUCACUCAUUCUCACACAUAUUUACAUAUACCCUGGAUAUAAAUAUAUCUCCAUAUAUGCAUACACAUUAAGCAGAGUUGGACAGCUGUGGCCCUCCAGGUGUUGUUGGACUACAGCUCCCAUUAUUCUUAAUUUUUGACUCUAUUGGCUUCUGUUAAUAGGGGCUUGAGACCAUCAACACUUGAGAGAGCCCCAAGUUCAUCACUCAAGCUUAGGUGAGAGAUCUGAAUUAGGCAAGGAUUAAUUUUAAGCUCUUGUGGGGAGAGGACCUAUUUGCACAUGACUGGCUACUUUAUGAAGUCAGGUGAGGAGGAAGAGUGUCAGUAGUGCCUGGCUGAUUUUGACUGCAUGUCACUCUCUUCUUGCUUAUCAAAGGUAAGCAAUCAUAUGGACCUAGCAGGCAUGAAAACAGUGCUUAUUUUUGACAGGUAUUUCUUGAAGGUGAAAGGAGAAAUGACAGGGCCUUAAUAGAGGUACCUCGGUGAAAUAUCCUGUAAGUCUUUGUUUGUUUAGGUGUGUUUUGGUUUUGAUUAGUUUAUCACAGGAUAGUAGCUUCUUUUAAAAAUGUGCCCUCACCUUUCUGGACAGCACAUCUGUCCUUGUUUCUUGUACCACUUGAAAGACAGACUUAUUUAAACAUGAGCCUUUGGGCUUUCCAAUUUACUUCCUCAGGUGCACACAUUCUUUAAGUUUCAGGUAUAUACUGCUGUUGUUGUGUGGCUCCAAGUGACUUUUUACUUAUGGGGAGCCUAGGGCAAAUCUAUCAUGGAGUUUUCUCAACAAGAUUUGUUCAAGGGUGGUUUGCCAUUGCUAUCCUAUGAAGCAAAUCAAUUGAUUUCUAUGGCCAAGGGUGGAUUUGGUCUCUUACAGGAUUUGGUCUCCUGCAGUCUUAGUCCAAAACUACUCUCUUUAGGUAUAUAUACAGUAGAGUCUCACUUAUCCAACACUCGCUUAUCCAACGUUCUGGAUUAUCCAACGCAUUUUUGUAGUCAAUGUUUUCAAUAUAACGUGAUAUUUUGGUGGUAAUUUUGUAAAUACAGUAAUUUCAACAAAACAUUACUGCAUAUUGAACUACUUUUUCUGUCAAAUUUGUUGUAUAACAUGUUUUGGUGCUUAAUUUGUAAAAUCAUAACCUAUUUUGAUGUUUAAUAGGCUUUUUCUUAAUCUCUCCUUAUUAUCCAACAUAUUCGCUUAUCUAACGUUCUGCCAGCCCAUUUAUGUUGGAUAAGUGAGACUCUACUGUAUAUACACAGUACCAAUGUUGACGGUUGCAGUGAUACUCUGUACAUUUGAAGGUGACUAAUCCACAAAAGCUCAAGCUUAAGUAAGUAUGUUAGUGUUAGUAGUGUCCAGUGGUUUUCAACCUGUGGGUCCCCAGAUGUUUUGGCCUUCAAUUCCCAGAAAUCCUAGUAGCUGGUAAACUGGCUGGGAUUUCCGGGAGUUGUAGGCCAAAACACCUGGGAACCACAGGUUGAGAACCACUGUCCUAGACUCUUUGUCAUUUUGUUGGUAAGACUUAGCACAAAUGGCUUUUUGAAUAUUACCAUCCUUAUAUCUCACGCCAUCAAUAUUGGAAACAAAACGGGCAGUGAGCUGUUGUGAAUGGUUAACCAAAAGAUACAAAAUGUGAUCAGCAAGGCCUGGUCAGAUACACAACCCUUGGCAUGCAGAUACGCACCAUGUAUACAAAAGUGUCCUUGGGUUUGCCACACCUGGAUGUCAAUAUCGAGACUAAGAUCACAUACAUCUUAGCAAUGUGAGAUGGCAAAGCUGCAACUGAGACCUUGAGGAAAGUUGUCUUUAUAUAUGUCCCCAUCAUGCUGGCUGGGGGAUCUUGGGAGAUAUAGUCUAAAAACCUAAGUUUUCUAAGCUCUGUAAUGACAUAACCAUUGCUAAGGUCGGGCAGCUAGAAUCAGUGGGGUAAGAAAGGAGGUGAAUGAUUUUAGAGUUUAGCCUCAGUGUGUUUGGAGAGGAGGGCAGAAAUUUGGGGUAACCUUUAUUUUUUCAAGUGUAUGGAGUAUUUCCCACCUCUCCCCAUACAUAACAUACUGAUUGAAAUAGUGCAGCUCAACUAUGGCUGCUUCUAGUGGGGUUUCUCUUCAUCUCCCUUUUAACUCUGAGUAUGUGCUCAGAAAGCAAACAGAUGGAUUCAAAUGAAUGGAUUUGGGUAUUUAUUGUUUUUAGCUAUAGGCCCUUAUGCCAGCCAAACCCCAAAGAUUUUAUGGCACACAUUUAUACAUUAUAUAGCACUGUGUUGUUGUUCUUUUUAAUAACAACUGAAACAACCAGGCUAUCAGACGCAUAAAUUAAAAUAAGGCAGAGAAAAGAUUCCAAUAAAACCUCUUUCUGCCUGUCUCAACUUCCAUCAGGGAACAAAAUUGUACACAUUUGCAGGCAGGCUUCUUUGCACUCAUCCCCUUUGAAUAGGAUCAAUAUCUUUCCUAAAUGUAGCUGCUACUUUUAUAUAAAUAGCAAAAAGCCAAAGUUAUUUUGUAAUAAUUCACAACCCCAAAUGUUUAGUGAUGAUAUUUUAAAAUUGGGAAAAACCAAGAGAUUCAGAGCACUGCUGUACAAAACAGUUAUUCUUUUUGUAGCAAGGAACAAAAAGCCAUUCAUAAAAAUGUUUAGAAUCCAUGUGGUGUUAAACAAAAUGAUAUUAUAUCCCUUUCCAUUUGGGAACAAAUUAGAUAAGUUCCAUAAAUUAGCAUAACAAAUGAAAAAAAUCCUGCUUCUGAGAUAAGAGAAUCACAAAAUGUAGAGCAAUAAUAAGAAAUAACCAGAUUGGGUUAACUGCAGAGAAAGGAGUCCAAUAGUCAUGAUGAAGACCUUCAGGUCAUCUGUUGAUCGUGGCAAUCCCAUGAUUUCAUAGGAUUUUCUUAGGCAAGGAGUACUCAAGAGGCAGUUUUCCUAGUUCCUUUCUUCUGAAAUACACUUUAUUAUUAUGUUAAGAAGAAAGCUUCCAUUUGUAGGUGUGGAAUUUUGAGCAGGGAACCAUGCAUGAGUAAAAUAUCCACAGAUAUUUCUCUUUUUAAAAUCUGAGAUUCCCAGUCCCCCUGUAGUGCCCUUACUCAAGGGGUUAUGUGUGCUGCUCCUUCAUUCUCCAGAUUACACCAUUUGGUUGGACUUGCAAACCAAUAAAUUCCAGCACGUAUGGUUUUUGGUGCAGAAGGAUGGGAUCUGUGAAGUAAUAACAUCUGGAGAACCACAGGUUUCAAACUCUUGCAUCAUAGUAUUCUUUGAAAAGGAUGAGAAGUGUCCAAUGUCUGAAGUGGAAAAGAGUGGAGAGUAGACAGACAUACUAGACAUGAUGAACUUGGUAUUCUGUUACUAUUGUGAAACGAUUCUCAAGUCCUAAGAAUACAUAAUUCUGAGGUGGGAAUUGCUUUGUUUUUGAUAUGCAGAGCACCCAAGGAUACUCUGCUGUUUUGAUUUGCACAGAACAGUUUCAGUUGUAAUACAUGGGAAAGUUAGUUUACUCAGUUAACAUCUCUGGGUCUCUACACCAACACAAAUGGCACACAUAUUUGUUUGCUAGCUAAUCUGCAUAAAUCGGUUAAUUCAGGGCAUGAGAGAUAUCCUUUCUGUUUCCAGCAAUGGAUAGCAACGUGUAUCCAUAUCUGGAGAAAAGCCAGCUUAGAAUAAUGCUACAAGAGAGUAUGUGUGUCCUGCAGCACUAGAUUGGCAUCUGAUGAAAUAGACCAAGUCUCUAAAAAUUGAUGCUACAAGCUACUUUCUCCCACUUAGUCUCAGAGGUGCUACAAAAUCAGUUUGCAUAUACCUUGACAGCUAUCAAGGUCACAUGUGCUUUUGGUGCAUUUCAAGUUAAAUCUGUGGGGUUUUUCCAUUAUUUCACUGGACUGGUGAAAUGGAGCUUAACAGCUACUUGAUCACUUGACGCAAACCUUGGGGUGUGUUUGCACAUGGCACUGACAGACAACACUUGAUAAGAGAGGGCAACCUGCCCCUGAUGACCCUGUCAUUUCCCAGCCUGGCUCCCACUGUUGUGUAGUUGUCCAGCAGUCAACUUACAUGGGCAAAUUGACCUCACCUUUGUGUAGCUGGCCUUUACCAUUUCAGUAUGAGGGGAGUGAUCUAUGUUGGACUGCUUCCCUGUGUCCACAACUCCCUGUACAGACAAACAGGAAGUGACAUGGCAGGAGAAAGCAUUUUGUGCUAGCCUCCCCUCUAAUGUACUUUCUGUGCUGGAAGUAUUUGAGCCUGCCUGUUACAUUCCAUGUUCUGUUUGAAGUGGUAUAUUCCUGUAUGACAUGAUUUUGCUGCCUGGGUAGAUCAAUAGUGAGAUUUGCAAGAAGCAAAACCAUAUUCACCUGUUCUUGUUCUGGAUACUCUAAACCUGAGAUGUGGGGAAACAGACCAAUUUCCCGACUCAUGCUAUAGGAACAUUUUUUCUUUUAAGAGAGUAACUCCUGUGCCUAUAGAACAGCAAUUCUCAACCUGUGUGUCCCCAGGUAUUUUGUCAUACUACUCCCAGAAAUCCCAGCCAGUUUACCAGCUGUUAGGAUUUCUGGGAGUUGAAGGCCAAAACAUCUGGGGCCCAUAGGUUGAGAACCACUGCUAUAAAGGCUUUCCACAUAAGCUAGGGCAUGGAAGAGGUGUUCGCAUGUACCACAUUGUAUGUGUACUCAUUCAGAUGUUCUUGAGGCUCUCCCCUAAAUAUGCAAGCAUAGAGACAACCCAUCUGAGUAUAUUCAUUGUACUUGGGUGGAAAGUCAUGUAUGAAUGUCCCCUGAUUUGCAUGGAUGUCCUCAAUGAAUAAACUCAUCUCUCCUUACAAUCACCUGCUGCUGCGUGGGGUGCAAGGAGCAUAUGGGGCUAGUAUAUUAACACCACCUCCAUCCCUAUGAGAUUACACUAUCCAGACUGAACAGUUGAAUAGGAUGAAAGACCCAUGGGAUGAUUUCUCAGACGGCAAUUGAUGAUGAUAAAAUGUAGACACUGAAAUGGUUUAGUGACAGCAACAAAGACAGAAGGGGAGGGAUUCCUCCUUGAGCAGGAAAUAAUUCCUUAAGUAGACUUGGUUUUUCUCCCGAUCUUCUUUUGGUUUGUUAGUUAGUUUUUAAUAGUCCUUUCUCAGUGCUGUCCUGACAUCUCUUUUGCUUGCUGUCUGAUGACUGCUGCAUGCAUGCAUCGCUCUGCCGCAGCAUUACACCUCACACUGGGCUCCCAUUGUGUUUGGUUUAUUAUCUUGCCCCCAAUUUGUUCCCCAUCCCACCCUUUGACUUCCUCCUGUUUACUGAGCCUCCUGCUUGCUUUCUACUAAUUCUUUUGGUUGCAGUUUUUCUGCUUUAUUCUGCCCCUUGGCAUCUCUGACAGGCCCUGAGAGACGAAUGCAAGGCCUAUGUUCUGCUUUAACCAGAGAGAAGGGGAAGAGCUGAGAGAAUGAGAGAGAGAGAGAAUGAGAAAGAGUGAGGCGGCUCCCUAGAGACUGUGCCUUUUUGGAGAGGCUGUCAUGCCUCUGCUCACUUGCGUAGGGAAAACCUUUUCAUCCUGUGCCGCAUUUGUGGAUGUGAGUUCUCCUCUGUUUUUAGACCACCUUUCCUUCUCCAGCUUUUUUUUUUUUUACUUUAAUAUAAUAGUCCGUGGCUCAAAAGCUCAAAGCAAUAAACUUCUCUCUCACUCAAUUCUGACAUGCCCCCAAGUCUAUGUAUAGGGUGUACAUAUAUGUAUAUUUAUAUUUAUAUUUAUAUGACAUGUUGCAGCAAUUCUAAUAAAACGCAGUCUUUCUGCUACA